AUGGUGGGAAUUGGAACAUCGGAUGUGAAUCUGGACAAGUACCGCCACACCUUCUGCAGCCUUCUGGGCAAGGACGAGGACAGCUGGGGACUCUCCUACACAGGACUACUGCAUCACAAAGGAGACAAAACAAACUUCUCUUCGAGGUUUGGCCAAGGAUCCAUCAUUGGGGUGCAUUUGGACACGUGGCACGGGACACUCACGUUCUUCAAAAACCGCAAGUGCAUAGGGGUUGCUGCUACGAAGCUGCAGAACAAGAAGUUUUACCCCAUGGUGUGCUCGACGGCAGCCAAGAGCAGCAUGAAGGUGAUCCGCUCCUGCGCCAGCUGCACGUCCCUCCAGUAUCUCUGCUGCUUCCGCCUGCGCCAGCUCCUGCCCGACUACGUGGACACGCUGGAGGUGCUGCCGUUGCCGCCAGGACUCAAGCAGGUGCUACACAACAAACUGGGGUGGGUCUUGAGCAUGAACUAUAGCACAUCGAAGCCUUCCUCCUCCUCAUCAGGAAGCGACUCAGACAGCUCCUGUGGCUCCGACGCAGAGGCCUGCCAAAGGAAGAGGUGCAGGAGGACAUAAUAUCUCUGCAGACAAACUGCUGUGAGGGAGUUUGGUUUUGCGCUGCCGUCUGCAAGGGCCGUCCAGGCCUGAUGCACCUCUCUCUUCAUGGGGACUUCCACUGCUACGUUUGGGAAGAUUUCUCUUACUCCAGUGGAAAUCUUUAGCCUGAGCAUCCAUCCCAUGCAUUGAACAGACCUGUAGGCUUACAGAGGUCCCAGCUCAGUGAAACAGGUAGGCUGCAGCCCCGUUUCCGAGCUUCAUCUCCUGACUUGCUGUCAAAGCUGUCACCUCUU